GCCUGAUCUUGCAAGGAUGGGGGGGUUAGGAAGGAAGACAACCUGGAGAUCUUGGCGCGGGAGGCUCGCUUGAAAAGUCAGCAGAAACUUUUCCGGCGAUUGCGCUGCGGCUGAGACAGCUUAAGGGGCGUCUCCAUGAAGGCAUUUGGAGCUGAACUCAACUGGAAGAUUUUCACUAUGUGGCUCAGUGGCUAAGACGCUGAUUAUGUCGAUCAAAAAGGUGGCAGUUCGAGUUCCUAAGUAAAGGUGUCCUGCGUGAGCAGGGGGUUGGACUAGAUGACCUCCAAGCUCCCUUCCAACUCUGUAACUGUUAAGAACCGCUUGGACGCUGGAUGGGACACCAACAUGAAAUCCUGAAAAGUGAUGGUCAAAUUUAUCGGCUUUUGAGAGCUGUAGCUCACUUUUGUGCAUCAGAUAAAGUCAACUACUGCUUAUGACAACGAUACUUUUUAAUAAAAUUGGCGAGCUGGGAAAGGUGCUGCCAGACUUCUGAUUAUUAUUAUUUUUUGCAGAGAUGUGUUGCUUCUUCUAGGAUUGUAACUAUAACUGCAAAAGAGGCAUCACCUGAAAGGUGAUCACAGCGACAGAAAGCAGUAAUUGAAUAAGUUACUCAGUAACUAUUGAGAUGGAACCGCAGAAGAGAACCGUGGAGGAAGAAUUGAAAGAUUUAUUCCAUGCAUUUAAAGAUAAAGAAGUUGUGAAUGAACCGUGGAACUACAAAAUGUGGGAUAUCGAACAGAAAUAUUUCUUUUUUGAGAACGAUAAUCUGAUAGCAGGCCCGCUGUCAUCUAGGACACCACCAGUGCAGUUGAUGGCUGUGAUCUCCAAUAACAACUUAAAUUCUCUAAAGUGGCCCAUCUUUAUGGGACUCACUGAUAAAACCAAGACCUUGAAAUGUCUGAAGUCAACUACUGGUGACCCUCAGCUACAGAUAGAGGAAUGCAACAUCAUGGAUCUUUACAAAGACACUAAGGAACUGAGGGAAUUUACUUUCCAUGGUGUCAUUCAGAGUAAAACAACUUGCUCCUUUGAAUCUGCAGAAUUCCCUGGUUGGUUCUUAAGUACCUCAAUUCACCCAAACAUGCCUGUUGGUCUUUGUAAACUAGGAGGUACUAGGAUAAUUUUAUUUCAUAGUGUAAAAAUUCGUUCCCCUCCAAAAUAAAAUUUUUGAAUAAAGAGGAAGGCAGUAGCGCAGGGCUGUCACCAGCGUAUUUUAUAUGUAGUAGAAUGAAGCUUUAGUCAUGAUAAAGUAAGCAAUAAUAAUGAUUUGAUUAAAAAUGAAAUAUCUGAAUGUGAGUAAAUUCAGGAUUGCCCUCUUAGUGUUGUUUUAUUUCUGAUCUCCAAGGAGCAUGGAAGAUGUAACAUGUCAGUGCUGAUGGAAGAGGUGAAGCUAAAGUUGAUCUUUUGUCUGUAACACAACCUGGAUGCAUUUAGUUUUGAUUCAAUAAGAACGGGGGGCGGGGGGAACCUGAAAUAAAAACCAGCAUUUUAUUGUCAUUUCAGCAUUUUGUUGCCAAGUUUCAAUAAUGUCACUUGAAGAAACUCCAGGGGCUGGGAUCUAUCCUUAGAUCUUCUUUUAGAUUCAGGUAGAAAAUGUGUAAGGAGCAGAAGGCUGCAUGGAGGCUGUUCUUCUCACAGUUAAUUGGCACUUGGUAGGAAGGAAAUAUUUUGAGCAAGACAAUAAGGAAUGUUAUACCCUUGAAUACCGUUAUCAUGGUAAAGCCCCUGACUGAUAUUUUUCUUUCUUGGAGAACAAGAAAAUGGAGAAAUCCUUCAAUUUUAUAGUUUGUCUCUCCAGCUCCCAAAUGAGCUAAUUCUUUUCAUACAAUAAGGUUAAAGCAAACUUGCUACCAACCAAGUGAGAUUACGAGCAGAGAUGGUCUCCAGGAAAGGUGGUUGAUCCAUUUUCCCUUUUGUCAUGCACAGAGAGAUAGACUUAGCUGUCUAUGUCAGAAACCACACAAUUUGUGAAAUCUGACCAUUGUAAGACCAGUUUGUCCACAACUAGUUUAAAUGCAUGCACACGUGAAAUGCUUCUAACGACAAUUCUUCUCCAAAAUGAUAAGGGGAAAAUACAACUAAGCAUUCUUUAAUGCUUUCAGAUGAGGAAAUUCUUGCAAAACAAAUGUUUUGUGUUGUCUAAAUCAUUCCUUAAAGAAGAAAAAGCUUAACACAAAACCGUUUAUUAGAUCAUUUCCCAUUCACUUAGAAGGCACACCCACCAGUGUCACUGAGUGGCUAUAAAUGGUGUAAAAUCUCAGUGGUGGACACAGAGAAGGAUUCUUCAGUCAAAGAAAAAUUGUUACACCAGGACAGGUACAGUCUUCUUAAUUAUACUUUUGGACAUUUUUUCCAUGUCUGUUUCCAAGGCUAAGAAAUUCCAUAGUGCUAAAUUCUUUCUUGGCCAAUUUUGCCAUCUAUUGUUGUGGUCAUCUGAGGACCAGAUCAGAAUAUGAAUUAAUUUUCUGGAGUUUUUAAUAAUUAGGUUCCUGAGGCUUUUCUGAAUUGCUGUUGUUGUUGUUUUAAAUCUUCACCCUGCUGCUUGAUUUUAAUCAGUUUGAUCUUGAGGUGCUA